AUCAAUAAAAAAGUCGGUCGCUUAAAUUACAGAUACAGUGACGAUCAACUGCAAACCCUAGCGGCUCGCCGAUAUGGCCGCGCUCUCCUCUCCGUCUCCGGCUGUUGGCCUUGUUUUUCUACGUCUUCGAUUACUGCACAGUGCAAAUCUUAUUUACAGAGGACUGAUUUGAAUCUGUAAGUUGUAUCGAUCGAUUUUACGUGCUUCUUAUUUCGAAAUGAUUUCAAUUCUGCGCAGAAAGGUUACCUGCUGCUUUUUCGCGGAUUAUGCUUCGCCUCACUGUAUUACCCGCUCGUUUUGUCUCCGCCUUUUCUCUACUUCGAACGAAGGAGAGUCCGUUAGUUCUGCUGUAAUUUUUGAUUUAUUGCGGCAUAAGCACCAAUUUUCGGCCGAAGUGGCCACUAAAGCUGCCUCUGUUUUGAAUCGAGUGAAAGACACCAAGAAAUGCGAUUCGAUAAUUUCGUAUUUACAACAGCGUGGCUUUUCAAAUACUCAACUGGAGAAAAUGGUGAAGUUCACGCCUGCAUUGCUAUCGGCUCGUCUCGAGUAUUCCAUUGAACCCAGAAUUAAGGUUUUUCAGGACAUGGGCUUUUCUUCUAAGGACAUUGCCGAAAUUAUGUCAGCUAAUCCUUUCAUUUUGAAUGUAAACUUUAAUAGCAGAGUCAUUCCUUUAUUAUCUAUUCUAAAGGGCUUAUUAGGAAACAAUAAAGCUGUUGCCAUGUUUAUGAGCAGAUCAGGGUGGUUUGUAAGCGGUGACUUGAAAAGGACGAUGCUUCCCAAUAUCCAAAUAUUGAAGAGCUUUGGUAUACCUAUGGAUUGCAUCAUUAAAUUCCUGUGUUCGUAUCCGAGGUGUUUUUUGUUGAAGUCUGAAAUUUUUAGGAAGUCUGUGGAAAAGACUGAGGAGAUGGGUGUCAAUAGAAACUCCGGAAUGUUCAUACUUGCUGUUCGAUGUUUAGCACAAAUAUCUAGCAAUGUUUUGGAGCUCAAAUUGCAGGGUCUUCGGAAUUGUGGAUUCACAGAAAGUGACAUACUGUUAUUAUUUCAGAAGGCACCAUCUGUGGUUAUUAUGUCUCCGGAUAACGUUAGGAGAACAAAAGAUUUUAUUCUAUCUAAUGGAAAGUAUGACAUGUCGUGCAUUGUUAGUAACCCUGCAUCACUUACCUUCAGCGUAGAGCAGAGGCUUAAGCCGCGGUUUCAGGCCUUUGAAAUUUUGGAAAAUAGGAGUCUGAUUAAGUAUUGGCCCACCCUCCCCGUACUUUGCUAUUUGACAGAUGAGAAGUUCUUUGAGAGAUUUAUCCGCCCUUAUUCGAGUGAACUAAAAAAUGCGUGCACAGCAGAUAGUUCUUUAAAGUUAAAGUAUUGGUUGGAGAAUUGUUAAUAGCUCUCUAUAGUCAAUAGUUUCCAAGUGAUUGUGGUUAUAGCGACAACUUGCUGAGUUUGAGUGAACUCAGCAAUGUGUACACUGCAAAUUGUUCUUCAAAGUUAGAGCAUUGGUUGAGGAAUCGGAAAUAGAUGUAGCCAAGAGUUUCCAAGUGAUUGCGGUUAUAGUGACGACUGGUGCGACCACUGUUGAAAUGGUAAUCUAUAUUUACUUUCAUUUUGCGUCGCAUCUGUUGGUUUCCUAUAAUUGUGCUAUGCAGACAUUUAUUUAGGCAUGACUGUUCCUAUCACCCUAGUUUUCGCGUUUUCAUUAUGUGAUUUUUGCUGUACUUUUUGCAUUUCGAAUCAGAUUAGUAUUGGCUGAGAAGUACCGACUAGUUUUGUAGUUGUGGGAUCUAGGGCACCACAGUUAGUACUGUGCCAUCGUUGAGUUGCUUCUAAAUCAUUGAUGAAACAUGUGUUAGAGAAAUUUAUAUAUGAAUGUAAUUUUUUAAACUACAAAUAAAUACAUCGGAACAUGCUUUAAUAAAAUUUUCUACUUGGUUGCAUUUUUAAAAAUGUAUUCGUCUUUGGCCAAAAGUUUAUUAUAGCAAUAGGCGUUAGAAUGGAACCGUUUUAUCUUACAUGUGAUAUUGUUGUUUUAAUAAUUGUGCUGAAUACACUUCUUCGACUGAGAAUGAACAAUGUAUACACAAAUUAACAAAUUAAGUAGAAUCUAACCAAAAUUAAUCAAAUAUUGCUUGCGAGCAAUGUUUGCGUUAGGGGUGGGGUAUUAAUGUGCUCUUUGUUAUUUUUUGCCGCCUAAGUUGCGCUCAUUUUUUAUGUUUUUUUUUUUGGUGAGUCAAAUACUAUUUGUGUGAUAGAUUUUUCUAGCACAAAUGAUGAUAUUUAAUUUGAAGGGAAAUUGUAGGGUGCUAAAUUUGGAAAAUCAGCACAUAUAAAAUAUAGAAAUAGCAUACGUUUUUAUUAUACAUAGCAUGUGUUGUUUGUAAUAUAAACAUGUGUUGUUACUUCAUAAUUAUAGCGUGUGAUGUAUGGGAGUAUGUCAUGUGCUAAAAUAAGUAUUGUAUGUGCUAUGUGAAACUAUAUCAUGUGCUGUUAGAUUAUGUACUGGAUUUGUAUUAUAUUAAAGUAUAUCGUGUACUGUUUAUGGUUACAACGUUGACAACACAAUGCUGAAUUUUAGCCUGCCUAAUUUUGAAAUAUAUUUAGCCAAAUUGGUAGUUCAACAUGUUAGGAUUUGAGUCAAAAUUUCAAAAGCCUUAUUAAAAAAUUAAAUUACAGUACAAUUAAAAAAUGAAUUGAGCAUUAUAUAUCCUUUUCAAGUCUUCUUUUUACCUUAGGUCUUGUCUAACAAAAAAUAACAUUAUUAAAGUUCACGAUUAUUUUGAUCGAGCAUAUACCUUGUCCACUUCCUAAAGCAUACCCCACGACUAGGUGUGGAGAUAGGGUUGGUCUGUUUCAAAAAUAUUUUGCCUAUAAGUUUGAAUUAGUAUUUUUAAAAGCCUGAUCUAAAAGUCUAUUUAAAGGACUACAUGAUAUUUUUAUUUAU